AUGAAAACUUUUAUCACUUAUACACAUUGCAAGAGGUGGCAUCGUCAGAGAGUCCUCGAUGCUUUCGACCAGUGGAAGACAGAACGGAUAACCGAUGGAUCCACUUCAAGACAACGUCCAGCUGUGCGGCAAGGCUUUUCGUCGACCUCAAGACCAAGGCCUACACCAUCUGUGCCAUCAACCAAUUCAUCCAAUAUACAACCAAUAACUGCAGCUGCACUACAGCUUGUACCCUCGACGCCUACACGAUUCAUACCAUCAUCAGCCAGUGCAACAUCAGAUGAUGGCAGCUCUUUCGUUGACAGUAUUGCUGAGUCUCAUUCUGUUACCAGCAACACAACAUUCGCGAGCUCUCUCCCUAAUACUCCUUUGCGCAAUGGAACACGCUCCCGAUUUGACAUUGAGGAUGUCACCGAGGAAGAGUCCAUUACUGAGGAUAUUCCUGAGGGAGACGUUAUUGCAGAAGAAAAUAUUGAUGAAGAGGCUCCUGUUCCUAAAGAGGUUCUUGAACAAGAGGUUCUUAAAGAGGUUGUUGUUGCAGAAGAGGUUCUUGUUGCAGAAGAGGUUGUUCAAGAUAUAAUCGUCUUUCCCGAUGUCAAGCAAGAGUAUGGCGACGAGAGAAUGCGAGACUUGGCAUUUACCGCUGGUAUAAAAGAAGACAUCUCCGAGAGACAAGACACUAUCAUCAAAGGACUUGGUGUUACCAGUAUUCAGCGCAGCGGGUCGAUACGAGACCACUCGCCAGUAUUCCAAGUGAUCAGCAGCCAUCCCACAGCAGAUAAAAUGAGAGAAGGUGUUGUAUAUAUUCUCCAACAUAAGGAGAACGCUUCUCUCUUUAAGAUUGGGUGGUCGAGUAAGAGUGCUGAAGAGAGACUGCACCAACCCAACAACUGCUACGGAAUCAAUACGGAUAUUAUUUAUGAGACGAAAAGAUUCGUCGGAGCCCCCCAUGCGGAGCGCAUUGCCCAAAUCAUACUCCGGCAUGCCAAUAUUCGUGUUUUAGAAUGUUUCAAAUGUCAAGGUGGACACAGGGAGUGGUUCAUCGCACCGAGGGAAACAGUACGUGAGACGGUGAUGCAUGUCGAGGAGUUUCUUCAGAUGCCCGCAUACAUUUUGCAAGAUGGAGAAUACAAGUUGUCAUCAGAAGCAUAUGAUCAUGUUGUCAAAAAAAUGUGCGAUUUCUCAGUAAUAAGACUGGGAGAGCUUAUGCACGCCAGAAAAACGCCUGAAGAGACGGAAACGUCGUCGGAUGCGCUGAUUGAGAAUGUAAUGACACCUCUGGCUCAACUUACCGACGAACCGGCGGAGAUAUCCCAUCUCAACACUAGCAAUAGGCUUUCAGAGAUACAAGAAGGCAACAAAAGUUUCGUUUCCACCUCUUCGCGAGACACCAAGCCUCAACAAUUAUCUGCAGGGGCAAAGCUAGCGAGGAAAGUGAAGCGCCUUUUCUCAGUCGGCGACUCCGUUAAAGGGUAUCUUUUCCGGCCUCGAGAGACAAAAGCUGAGCCGGAAGAUGACACUAAACGCCCAUUUGGUUCAGUUUUUGUUGACUUGAAAGAUAAGGCACGUGAAGCUGGCACAAAGGUACGGCAUGAUGCUCGAGAAUUUCGGAGAGAUUUCAAAGAGGAAUUGCGCCGUAAGAGUGAAGAGCAGACAUCAUGA